AUGUCAACAAGGCGAUUUGGUUCAGUUUUUGCAGAUACGUCGUCAAGUUCAUUAGGUGGUACAUUUCAAAACACAAGUCAAAGAGUUCCAUUUUCAUGGGAGAAAGAACCGGGAAAACCGAAAGAUUGCUCCAAAUUACCUCCCUGUCAUCGUUGGUUUCCACGUAAAGAAUCGGCCAACCAACCUUAUGUAGGUAAUGGUUAUGACGACCGGGAUGACAUUGACAAUAAAGACGAUCUUUUCUCAGAUGCUAUGGAGGAUGUGUUUUCUUUAUCAGAAGCAUUAGAUAUUGUUCAAAGAAAAUCAGAGAAAGCUCAUAGUGAUAACAAUGAGGGUUUGAAGUUAAAGCUUGCAGAGUGUAGUGGCUAUCAAUCUCCAACUUACUUGAUCAACCGUUUUCUUCCGGAUGCAACCGCUUUGGCUGCAUCAUCAUCUGCUUUAAAUUUUCAUAAUGAUUUUGAAGAGAAUAUUUGUAAUACUUGUAGUUAUCCAGAAUGCUAUUUAUCUGAAUCAGGUAGACAUUCACAUUCAUAUGCUUAUGCUUCUGGUUCUUCUUCUACUUCUCCAAAGGGUUGUGGUCUUGAAGUUCUAUUCCCUUGGCGAAAUAUGAAGCAUAAGUUUUGUUCUAUAGAGAGCCCUGUCUUGCCAUGCUCCGCGACUACGAAUCUGCAGAAACAUCAGCAGCGCAACUUGAGAGAGUCGAAACGGAAAAAACAUCAGUCAUCAGGCUACAUUCCUUGCACAAAUGUGAAGAAAGAUGUUUGA